AUGUCUGACUCUGAGGAUCCUCUUGACCAAAUCGACGAAGGUGGUGAUGACCUCUUUGGUGAUGAGGAUGAUGCUGGUUCGCCCGCGCCUCGCAUAGUCGACGACGACGACGACGACGACCUGGCCUCAGACCCGGACGACACAGGUGACCGCCGGCGCUACGACGAUGACGAUAAUCAAGUCCAGCAUGAAACGAAGGAAAAGGUCGUCAUGGCUGUGCAGGCCUACCGCCACAGAAUUCCCAAGCCCAAGGACAAUAUACUCCGCGUCAUGCGCGUCCCAAAAUUCAUCAAGGUCAUGCCCGAGGAAUACGUUGCUGAGAAGUUCGAGCCUACCGCAUUCGAUACCGCCAAUGCCAAGCAAGAGCACCCGGCUCAUGUUGCACGAGUACGCCGAAACGAGAGUACAGGUCUCCUUCACAGCAAUGCCAACGUUUACCGAUGGAAUGACGGAUCUAUAACCAUUGGUAUCGGCGGCGAGCACUUUGAGAUCCAGACCAAGUCUCUGGCACCAGCGCCUGGUCAACCAUACGAUGAACUCAAGGACGGCCACUAUUACGCUGCGGCUGCAGAAUUGAGCAGUAACCUGCUGAUGACAGUUGGACAUGUUGCUGAACAAUUCAAUGUGCGACCGAACAAGGGUGGUGGUGACGAUGCGCUCGCUAUCCUUGCUCAGCGCAUGCAGCAGGCUAGCAAGACUGCUAACGAAGACGACAUGAUUAUCCGCACAACCAGAGACCCAGAACUACAAAAGAAGGAAGCUGAAAUGGCAGAAAAGGAACGCAUGAAGGCACAAAGACGUCGCGAAAAUGCGGCUGCCAAGAUGGAUGGCCUCGGACGAUUCAGCAGAGGCGGUGGCCUCUCGAUUGGCGACCUGGAGGGCGGCAGACGAGGAGCCGGAUCCGGGCGGAAGAGAGGCAUGCCUGGCUCGAAGCCUAAACGCAGAAACCCAGAGUAUGAUUCUGAUGACGAUCUGCCGCAGGGUGUUCGGAGGCAGGAAGACUACGACAUGGAUGAUGGCUUUCUCGUCGGCAGCGACGACGAGGAGAUGGAGAGUGACGCUGAAGAGGAGGAAGAGCUGCUGGAUGACGACGAGGACGAUCAUAGACGUCGCAAGUCGAAGAAGCGUAGAACUCGCCAUUCUGAUGAUGAGGACGCCUCAGGCGACGAGGUAGUGGAAAUGUCCGGGCGAGCCAGACGGCGCAACGUUGUGGACGAUGACGACGAAUGA